AUGCGCACUGUGCACUUUCUUCUCUCGCUAGCGACAGUGUCGCUGGCAGCUCCGGCAAACUAUUUUGAUGGCGUCUACGAGUUCUCCAACGAGCUUGCAGACUUCUACUCUAAAGUCAGCAUGUACAUCAAUCGUGUCCAACAGAGUACAUCCCCAUCAGCCAUUUGUGAUACAUCCAAGAUCACUCUUCCCUCGUAUGCAUCUGAGUGGCAGCCCAGCCAAGACGGGACGACGCCAGUGUAUGUGGCACUUGGAAGAGGAACACAGAACUACACUUGUGCCGACUCCACGUCUCAUUCAAAGCCCGCUUUGGUCGGCGCUGUCGCCAAUCUUUACAAUGCAACUUGCCUGGCUGCAGAUUUCCCGGAUCUUCUGCACCUCCUACCCGACAUUGCCUACAGAAUCUCUCUGCCAGCCAGCAACCUUGCAGCCUUUCCGCCAGCAAACUUAGAGCUGAUGGGGCAUCACUUCUUCGCCGGCACAGUGCCCACCUUUAACCUCGACACCACACCGACGAAGCAAUUCGGAAUAGUCCGCACAAAGAAGGAGGGCUCAAUAGAUGCUCCACCGGAUGCUGUCAAGGGAGAACACGGGGCUGUAGCUUGGUUGUACUUGUCAACGAUCAAUACUACCGUGGGCGAUUACGCAAGCGUCUACCGAGUUGAUACAGCGUCUGGCGGUGCUCCUAGCACUUGCAAAGGUCUCCCAGCUGCCUUUGAGAUCCAGUACUCGGCCAACUACUACUUCUACGCCCGUUAG